AUGGGUGAAGAUAAAUAUGAUAAACUUAACGAGAAUGAGUCAAUCAAUGAUGUAAAGAUUCAAGACUAUCAAGAUAAUAAAAAUGACCAUCAGGGUGAUAUUUAUAAAACUGAUUCAACUGGUGGUUUAAUAAAGUUUAUGUUUUGGUUAUUCGCAAUUUGUUUCUCAUUAGCAGGUGUACAAUUUGUUUAUUCAAUUCAAUUUGCUUUAGGUACACCUCUUUUUAUUAAUAAAUUUAAAUUAACACCAUCAACUACAUCAAUCAUUCAAUCUACAGCUGGUCCAAUUUCAGGUUUCUUAGUACAACCAAUUAUUGGUGUAUACUCUGAUACAUGUAAAAGUAAAUUUGGUAGAAGAAAGCCAUUUAUUGUUUUUGGUUCAAUCUUUUGUAUUGCUGGUUUAAUUUUAAUUGCAUUUUCACCAUUAAUUGGUCAAGCAUUAGGUGAUAAAGAAAGUAGUGAACUUACAUCAGAUCAUAAAAUUGGUUUAAUUAUUGCAAUUGCAGGUUUUUGGAUUAUGAAUCUUUCAGUUAAUGUUAUGCAAGGUCCAACUAGAUCAUUAGUUUCAGAUCUUUGUCCAAUGGAUAAACAACAUCUUGGUAAUUCAAUGGCUGUUAAUGUUAUGGGUUUUGCUAGUAUUAUUGCAAAUAUUAUUGGUUCAUUCUUUGCAUCAAAUGAAAAUUCAUAUAGAGAUCUUUUCAUUAUUGGUGCAGGUUUUGUUGCUUGUUCAGUUAUUCCAACUAUUUUUGUUGCAAAAGAAAAACAAUUAGAUAGUAGUGUACAAUCACCAAAAUCACCAAUUGAUGUAUUUAAAAAGAUUGGUUUUGCAUUCAGAACUAUUCCAAAAGAAUUGGCAAUUAUUUCACUUGUAUUUUUCAUUUCAUGGUUUGGUUAUUCACCAUUUAUGGUUAAUAAUACCACAUACUUCCAAAAGAAUGUUUUCCCAGAAAAUGCAAAUAAAGGUUUAGAGUUUGGUUUCUAUGCCCAAGCAGCCCUUUCAGCAGUUUCAUUCCUCUUCUCUUUCUUCCUUUCAGGACUCAUCAAUCUUGUUGGUGAAAAACUUGUUUACAGUGUCAGUCAAGCCAUCGCUGGUGCAUGUUUAAUUUUAUUCUUAGUAUUCGACCAUGCUUCACCAGGUUUAGCAAUUGCUUUAACUGCUUUGGUUGGUAUUAAUUUCUGUACUUUUAAUGCUGUUCCAUUCGCUAUGAUGGUUAAAGUUAUUCCAUCAAAAGAUAUUGGUCUCUAUAUGGGUGUAUUAAAUUCUUCUGCUGUAGUCUCCCAAACUAUUUCAAUUUUAACUUCAGGUAGAGUUUUAGCCGCAAAGAAUCAAGAUACUGCCUGGGCUAUGGCUUACGGUGGUCUCUUUACUAUUUUAGGUGUAUUUUUAGCUUGGAUUUUACCAAAAUCAAAAGGUCCAGAAUUAAUUAUUGAUGAAAAUAAUAAUAGUGAUAACAAUGAUAAUAAUAAACAAUCAAAUGAAACUACACCAUUAUUAAAUAAUUAAUAGUAAUAAUAAUAAUAAUAUAUAAUAUAGCCAAAUAAAAUAUUUAUUUAAAAAAAAAAAAACAAUAAUAAUUAUAAAAAAAAUAGUUAAUAAAAUUUAAAUUUAAAUUAAAUUUAAGUUAUAAAAUAAAUAAAAAAAAAAUGUAUAAUUAAAUAGGUAUUUUUAGAAUUUAGGGUU